CGGGGCGGGCGGCGCGGGCGGUGCAGGUGCCGGGCCCGGAGCGAGCGGCGGCGGCGGCGGCGGCGGCACCAUGGGCCGGGCCCGGCGCUUCCAGUGGCCGCUGCUGCUGCUGUGGGUGGCCGCGGCGGGGCCAGGUUCUGGACAAGAAGUACAGACAGAGAACGUGACAGUGGCUGAGGGCGGGGUGGCAGAGAUCACCUGCCGUUUGCACCAGUAUGAUGGGUCUAUAGUUGUCAUCCAGAACCCAGCCCGGCAGACCCUCUUCUUCAAUGGCACCCGUGCCCUGAAGGACGAGCGUUUCCAGCUUGAGGAGUUCUCCCCGCGCCGGGUGAGAAUCCGACUCUCAGAUGCCCGCCUGGAAGAUGAAGGGGGCUACUUCUGCCAGCUGUACACGGAGGAUACCCACCACCAGAUUGCCACGCUCACUGUACUAGUGGCCCCGGAGAAUCCAGUGGUGGAGGUCCGAGAGCAGGCCGUGGAGGGCGGUGAGGUGGAGCUCAGCUGCUUAGUUCCACGGUCGCGACCUGCCGCAGUCCUGCGCUGGUACCGGGACCGCAAAGAGCUGAAAGGAGUGAGCAGCGGCCAGGAAAAUGGCAAGGUCUGGAGCGUGGCUAGCACAGUGCGGUUCCGUGUGGACCGCAAAGACGAUGGCGGUAUUGUCAUUUGCGAGGCACAGAACCAGGCGCUGCCCUCCGGGCACAGCAAGCAGACGCAGUACGUGCUGGACGUGCAGUAUUCUCCCACGGCCCGGAUCCAUGCCUCCCAGGCUGUGGUGAGGGAGGGAGACACAUUGGUGCUGACCUGUGCUGUCACGGGGAACCCCAGGCCAAACCAGAUCCGCUGGAACCGCGGGAAUGAGUCCCUCCCAGAGAGGGCUGAGGCGCUGGGGGAGACUCUAACGUUGCCUGGCCUAGUAUCAGCAGAUAACGGCACCUAUACGUGUGAGGCGUCCAACAAACACGGCCACGCGAGGGCGCUCUACGUGCUGGUAGUCUAUGAUCCUGGUGCGGUGGUAGAGGCUCAGACGUCGGUUCCUUACGCCAUUGUGGGCGGUAUCCUGGCACUACUGGUGUUUCUGAUCAUAUGUGUGCUAGUGGGCAUGGUCUGGUGCUCUGUACGACAGAAGGGCUCCUAUCUGACCCACGAGGCCAGUGGCUUGGAUGAGCAGGGAGAAGCAAGAGAAGCCUUCCUCAAUGGCAGCGAUGGACACAAGAGGAAAGAAGAAUUCUUCAUCUGACCCUACCCCCACCCCAGGCCUGGACCUAGGCUGGGGUCCCCCCACUGCCAGCUGCAAGGAACCAGCAAAGACAUUUAUCAGAGUCUGGGAUGGUGGGCUUCUCCCCCUCACCACUAACACCUCAGACGUUUGGUCAGGGAUGGGGGUGUUGGAUGCCUGGCCAGAAGUGAGGGCCCAGCAUUCUGGGUCCCUCUGGGGCAGGGGCCAAAGGUCCAGAUCCCCCAAGUCCAGGGAGGGCAGUAGGGAUUGGGUUGGGGGAAGAUAACUGGGGGAAGGCCAGGGCCCUCAGGCUACAGAACCAGGUCCUGUGGGGAGGGGGUCAGAUUCUGGGAACAGUGGGGUGGGCAGGGAAGGGGAACACAGAUUUCUUUGGGGGUCCCAGACCCCACGCCAGCCAUUGUAAGAGUUCCACAGAGCUCUGGGCACCUCUUUGCAAAGCCAUGUUUGCACGGUGGGAGGAAGGGUGGGGGGAGGGUUUGGAAACAGGGAUUCUGUGUCUUUGUGUCAUAACUGAUGGGGGCAGUGAGGGAGACAGCCCCAACCCUUAUCUCCAAUCUCCCUUCCCCAGGUUCCUGGGCUCCCCUUCCCUCCACCUCCUCCCCUACACCUGUCCCACCCAUAUUUGUCUUUCCACCCACUCCUGGGGGGGCCUUCCCCAUCUCUCCUCCAGGCCCCCCGGGGAGAGGGAAAGGAGUUUGGGGGGAUAUGUGGUCUCUAUGGUUUUAUAUAUAAUAUAUUAAAAAAAUCAAAAAUCUGUAUGAAAAUAUCAGAUUGCACCCCUCCCCCCACUCUUGGCUUUUGCCCCUUUUUCUUGUUUUAAAAAACACACACAUUUUUGUACGGGGCGGGAAGGGGAACUGGGAGGGGGUUUGGCAAUCCCACUAACCACCAUUAAACUGAGGAGAGAACAAAGUGUUUGGGGUGGCU